AUGAGCAACAAGGAAGGGUCUGGAGGGUUCAGGAAACGGAAGCACGACAAUUUCCCACAUAACCAGAGACGAGAAGGGAAGGAUGUUAACUUGUCUUCACCUGUGAUGAUGGCCUUCAAAUCUUUUCAGCAAGUACUUGAUGCAAGACAUGACAAAUAUGAAAGACUUGUAAAACUUAGCCGGGAUAUAACUGUUGAAAGUAAAAGGACAAUUUUUCUCCUCCACAGGAUUACCAGUGCUCCUGAUACGGAGGAAAUACUGACUGAAUCAGAAGGUAAACUGGAUGGUGUCAGACAGAAGAUACUGCAGGUGGCGCAGGAGCUUUCAGGAGAAGACAUGCAUCAGUUCCAUCGAGCCAUUACUAUAGGACUGCAGGAAUACGUGGAGGCUGUGUCCUUUCAACACUUCAUCAAAACUCGAUCACUAAUUAGUAUGGAUGACAUUAAUAAGCAGUUGGUUUUUUCAACAGAAGAUAAUGGAAAAGAAAAUAAGACCCCCCCCGCGGACCCGCAGGACAAGCCGUCUGGUACCUGGAGCCUGAGGGUCACACCUGUGGACUACCUGCUGGGCGUGGCUGACCUGACUGGAGAGCUAAUGCGCAUGUGCAUCAACAGUGUUGGGAAUGGGGACAUCGACACCCCCUUUGAAGUGAGCCAGUUCCUUCGGCAGGUGUACGAUGGGUUUUCAUUCAUCGGGAACACUGGGCCCUAUGAGGUUUCUAAGAAGUUGUACACGUUGAAGCAGAGUCUGGCCAAGGUGGAGAAUGCGUGCUAUGCCCUGAAAGUCAGGGGCUCAGAGAUUCCCAAACACAUGCUGGCGGAUGUGUUUUCAGUCAAAACGGAAAUGAUUGAUCAAGAAGAGGGCAUCUCGUAG